AAAAAGAGAUCGAAAAUACAAUUGACGUUCAUCUUUCCUAUCGACUUUGUAACUCUGCAAAAACAUGGCAUUGAAAACCCUUGUUAACAGGUUCAAAGUUUUGUUUUUCUUGUUUUUUGUUGUGCGCUUCCAUAAUUCUGUGCAGGGUCGAUUGCUGAGUUCAGAGUCAAAACCUCACAGAAAUGAUGCAGCUGCAUAUGCUCGUUGGUUGGUCUCCCAAAAUUCUUGGGGCGUCUUAAAUACUAUAUCGAGUGAGCUGGGAGGAGCACCCUUUGGGAAUGUUGUUUCUUUUAGUGAUGGACUGCCUAAUGAAGGUAGUGGUAUCCCAUACUUCUAUUUGACAACUCUUGAUCCUACUGCUAGUAAUGCAUUAAAGGACCAGAGGUCUUCACUAACAAUUAGUGAGUACCCUCUUGGAACUUGUGGCAAAAGAGACCCUGAGAAUCCUGCUUGUGCAAAAAUUACACUCACAGGAAAGUUGGUGGUUCUUGACAAUAAGUCUGAAGAAGCAGAAUUGGCCAAAAGCGUCUUGUUCUCUAAGCAUCCUGAGAUGAAGGGCUGGCCUAAGGACCACAACUUCUGGUUCUUCAAGUUAGAGAUUGAAGAUAUAUUUAUGAUUAACUGGUUUGGCGGGCCUAAGCCUCUAACAGUGGAUGAGUACUUGCAUUAUAAAUCGAACAACCUUGCCUUCGAACUGUUGGAUACCAUCUAAAUCCCCAUUCCUAUACAAAUAAUGUUGCAUGUACAAACAAAUUGCACAAACUUAUUUAUGCAACUGAUGUAGUAAUAUUUGAUUGAGUGAUUUUGAAGGGAGAGAAAGUAAACAAUCACGUUAUAAAAUCACAUGUUGCUACCUCAGUUUGUACAAUUUAUUUGUACGUAUAGUUUUAUUCUUCCUAUACACGCUUGUGUUGGAUGCAAAUGCAAAGUGAUUGUGACAUGAUUUAUAUGUAAAUAAACCUGCAGCUAUUGAUGUA